ACAUAACACUCAACAACCACCUCAAGUCAAACAUCCAUGUCACCUGCUUACUGACCGCGGUCCAAUCUUCGCUAGGGCCAUCGGCAUUUAACCUGCGGAUCGUGUCAAUGCGACGUAAAACCCAUUUAGACGCCUCGGCACAUCCUCGGUUCCCAUUCCACCCCGCUUAUCGAAAUGUAGUCGUCAUGAGCAGAAAGCGACCUUUCUUGAGAUGACAGUUCCACGAUAAAUCCCAUGACUAUGGCGUCUACUACGCGGCGGCGGAUGCCCUUCUUCCCGAAAGCCGAUGCUGCCGUCCUGUCGUCGAAGCACGAACCUCCGCCGACCCGGCCGCAGACCGUGGGGCCGAUCUUCGACCCGGACAAUGCUGAUCGACCGAUUGGGCCGUGGCCCCACGACGCCGAAAAUGCCUUCUACCCCCGGAAGACGGAGGCCUAUGGGCUCGAGCCGAUCCCGGACCGGCCAAUGUGUCUCUCCGAUCGAUAUCUCCGUUCCUUCUUGGCCAAGGACGAACGGCUCCGGCUGUCCAUGCUCUGGUACUACACCCGCGAUAUCCUCAAGGAGGCCGAGUUUCUCUCCGGGCUUCAGGAAAAGGCCCACCUCGCCAAAGAAGCUACAGAAUGGGAGUUUGCCGUCAUCGGAAUUCUUGAUGUCAACUUCUAUAUCCGCCUAGCCACAGUUGGGCUUCCCCUAUGCAUCAUUCCUCGUGGUGAAGUUAUCUGCGCACACACCGUCACUCAACCCCCUGGUAGUGUGUUUCAUUUACCGAAUAUGAUGGAGGACUGGAGAUUCGAAAACUGUCCAUACGUCGAGAUGGGCGGGCUCCUUGCAUACGCUGGUGCACCACUCCGCUUACAGACCGAAUCCGGUGAUUGUGUUGGCCUCGGCUCGCUUUGUGUGGCCUCAAGCACGAAACAAGAGCCACUGAAUAAACUUCAGCAACAGACCAUCGCCCGCCUGGCCGACUGGGUUGUCUCUGAUAUCGUCCAAUGUGCAAGAGCAGGACGCCAGCGAGAACGGCGUCGAAUGGCUGAACUCAUCGCCACAGCACAGAGGGAACUGGACAACACUGUCUCCGAGGAUUCGGUCCUUAACAUAAUGAGGACUAUAUAUCCGGAUGCAAUAAUAAGCCUGCAAUCGUCCAAAACUGACCGCGUUGAGAUUGAAGGGCGGAGUCCGAUACUGUUGUCUGACCUUGAAGACGGCCUGUGGGAAGAUGUCGACUACCUGGACGAUUUCAUUGCGAAUUCGAACCAUCUUUCCCUUCCCUUGAACAAGGUAGUACGCGUCAUUGCUACCAAAUGCGACAGCAUAUCGGGACAGUCCAUGCUCGUCGUAGCAUCCAAGGACUUUCGACUCGUGUUUGAUGACAUCGAUUCCUGGUUUGUCCAAACCUGCGCGGACAUGCUUUCGCAGAUGUGGCACAAAAUCCUUCUCGCCGAAGUAAUGAAAGCAAAGGAGAAGUUUCUCCGGGGAAUUUCUCAUCAGCUCCGAACCCCGAUCCAUGGCAUCCUUGGUUCCGUGGAACUACUGGCCGAGGAGUUGAAGUUGCGCAACUCGCGCGAUACGUCCUACCCGGUUUCGGCAUUGAUAGAAGCAACCUCGGCGAUCAAUGCUGGUGAAUCCUCGCUAUACCUCAAUACUAUCAAGACAUCGGGGCGAGACUUGAUUUCGAUUGUCAACAGCAUGAUUACGUUGAACAGAUGGGCCGACAUUGCCAUGUCAGAUCGGUGCUAUGCGAUACAUACGAUCCACGAGCUGGAAGCAGAGUUGGGCAACGAGCUACGCCAGGCAAUUUCAGGGGAUUCGCGAUACAAAGCCUCCGUCUUCUUCAACCACGACCUGCCGACAGAUUGUGAUAGUCUUCGGGUCGAUCUGAAUCUCCUCCGAGAUAGCUUACUGCCGCUUAUCAUGAACGCCAUCCAAAACACUCCGGAAGGCGCCGUAAUGGUAACUACAUCAAUACGUCUAGACUGCAAGGAGCUUGUCGUCGACGUCGAGGACACCGGCUGUGGGAUUCAUCCGGAUCACCAAGAACGAAUAUUUGAGCCAUACGAAAAGGUCAGCCCGCACUCCACAGGCGCCGGAUUGGGUCUGGCUAUCGCAUCCAAAUUCGCAACACUCCUCCAUGGAUCAGUUGAUUUGAUAUCGUCAGAAGUUGACCACGGUUCUCAUUUCAGAGCCACGUUCCGAGAAGUCGAAUUUGAAUCCUCGCCACUUGUGCCGCGGCCACUGGUCCGGAGGCUUAAGAACCUACCCUCGAAAUUUCACAACAUAUCGUCUGGCCCGGAUCGCGUAUCGGUGUGCGAACAUUUUAGCAGAUAUCUUACCUGCCACGGUUUUACUUCUUCGGACAGCACAGAAGACUGCUUCAACAUUCUUGAUUUUGUCCCCAACUUGGAACAGCGUCAGACAUAUCUAUCCCAGAUCCCAUCAGAAAAAGUCGCUAUCUGUCUGAUUCCAGCUUCAGAAAGAGAUGUGUCAAUAGAACAAGCUCCCAAUAACGUCGUUUACGUCAACGGGCCCUUUUUGACCUCAACGAUGAACUCGGCGCUUGAAGAAGCAGAUAGGCUUCUUUCGGUGAUCAAAGCCUCGCGGGUGUCGCAGCUUCCCCUUGAAGAACCCUCACCUAUGCUCCCAAAAAUAGACGAAGGCCCGAGUACAAAUGGAAGGGUGGAGUCACUGGUUGAUUCUCUAAAGUCGAAGGGGUCGCCGGUCCAAUCCCCGACAGACAGCCUCGUCGAUCCCGGCUUGGAAAUUACUGUGUCACCAACAUGUCAUUCCGACCCAGCAGCUGUGGUUGAACUAGGGGCAGUCGAUUCAAUCUUCCCUAGUCUCGCAAGGUCACCCAAACCCACAGCGCUGCUUGUCGACGACAACUUGGUCAACCUUCGAAUCAUGCAGAUGUAUUGCAGAAAACGAGGAGUGCCAUACCAUUGCGCAGCUGACGGCGCGCAAGCCGUGGAGAUGUUUUCGCAACAUCAGACACUGGCUGCGCAGGGCAAAGGAGCUGCGAUCCAGCUGAUCCUGAUGGACCUUCAAAUGCCAGUAUGCGACGGCAUCGAAGCCACCCGGCAAAUACGCUCACUAGAGAAACGGAACGGGUGGGGAGAGAGCGUUCUAUUUAUUGUGACUGGCCAAGAUAGUCCGAAAGAUAGAACGGAUGCGGAGGGGGCCGGCGCGGAUGAAUACUUUGUGAAGCCUGUCAGCAUCAAAGUCUUGGAUGUUGGUGUGAAACAGCAUUUCCCAGCCUUUGAGACCAACUAAUAACCAUAUAUACACGAAUUGGUUGAAUGAAUGUGGAAUUUCUGCAGUUAGAGACGACCGGGACGCUUGUGGCGGGACGGACGGCAUGUAAAUAGUUGCUCGAGUACAUAUACGUAAUACUCUGGGUUUAAAUGAGCACAAUCAUGAUUUAUAUGAUUCAAUAUCCUCCU